AUGCUGCUACUGUUUCGACAGUUUCAUUCGUCAUACUGUAAUUCAUUUGACUCAAUCUUUUCAUUGUUAUCAUCUGCAUCCACGUUGAUCCAUUGUACAAAUGGUUCCACAGCUGCAGUAAUAACUCUGCUAGUGCUAUCCUCUUGUACAGCAUCGUCCGCAAAAUCAGAGAGUUCAUCACCGUUUGUGAUAAGACCAAAAUCAGAGCCAUAUUAUGUGUCGAACGGUGAGCAAGGAGUAGUGUUGGAGUGUUCGUUUGCGCCCGAAUAUCUGAACAAGUCCAGAUAUGAAUCGAGUUGGACGGCGGUUACAGAUGAUAUUCCUAGGCAUUUAACCAGAAACGAAUUGUCGUUUAUGAAGGACAAAUAUGAUCUGAUGGUGAGUGCUGAUUUGGCACAGUAUAAUUUACGCAUAAAACGAGUUGAGUUGGAACGUGAUAAUGCAAAAUUCUAUUGCACAAUUUUGGACAAAGAGACUGGAUCACAAAAAUCUUGUGCAGCCACCGUGGUUGUUGUUGUUCCACCUGAAAAGCCAACAAUUCGAGCGCAACCCUCAAAUGCGGUUCGCGAGAAUGAACUCGUCUCAUUGGAAUGUGAAUCGCUAUCCGGCAAUCCACCACCCAAAUUUGAAUGGAUUUUCGCGAACGGUACACGAGUACCAGAUAGCUGGUAUCAGCAGAGUCGUCGUAACUCAAAUAACCAUAACGGUUCAUCGGCUCGAGCGCGUUCAUCACAAUCGUUACUGCAGUGGCGUGUUGGUGCACACGACAAUGAUGCAUAUUUGAGUUGUCGUGUCUGGAAUGAGGCACUACCGAAAGAUGAUCACAGCAAGUCGGUUUCAACAAAUCGUUUGAAUGUGCUCUACGGACCUCGGGUUAGGGCGGGUCCAGUGCGUGAAUAUAACGUAGAAGAAGGUGAUAAAGUUGAGUUGAUUUGCUCGGCAGACGGGAAUCCGCCACCAACACAAUUCGAGUGGUACCACGUUGCAACCGGAGAACGCUAUCCAGCAGCAACUUGGAAAUUUACGGCAGAAAAACGAUUGAGUGGAGAAUUUCGUUGUACAGCCUUGAAUAGUGUUGAGAGUGGAGUGGAUAAACUGAAACUGAAUGUUAUGUAUGGACCGAUUUUGGAUGUUAAGGAAAUGGUGACUCCGGCAGAAGGUGACAGAAUAACGUUGGAGUGCUCGGUAGAUAGUAAUCCGGGAACGGAAAACGUGAUAUGGAUUGAUCCGAACGGUGGCACCCAUAAGGGCGCACGUUUUACGAUUGAUCACAUUGAAAAAAGACAUUCGGGCAAUUAUACUUGUGCUGCAACAAACACACUAACAACGUUCAACGCAAAAACUGGUACGAAUUCACAACAAAUCCGAAGAAGUGCAGAAGCUAUAACACGAAUUAAUGUACUUCGACGUCCAGGACGUGCAAUAAUUUCGGCGACAAGUUCAGCGAUUCUUGUUGGUCAACAUGUUCGACUGACGUGUCGUGCGGAUGAUGCGGGCAGUCCAGAAGCUACUUACUUGUGGGCGACACCUGGCAGCGGUGGAACUUAUGAGGAUGCAAAUAGUAAUAAUGGGGAGGGAAAUGAUAGCAGUAGCAUUUUUUUAGUGGAGCAUGCAACGCUAGCAGAUAAUGGCGAGUAUCGAUGUGUGCCGAAGAAUCGUAUCGGAAGAGGCGAAGAAGGUGUCUUCAUUUUGCAGGUUGUUGAACCAGCUAAAAUAGUGCGUGCAUUACCCGCAAAUCGCAUCUUCAAUGCGGGUGAGGUAUCGUCGGCCGUUGCGAUUUCGUGUGAGGCGCAAGGCUAUCCAGCACCAUCAGUAAGCUGGCUAAAAGACGGACAAGAGCUAAACACAAACGAUGAAAUGCACUGUUGUUCAAAGAGUGAUUAUUGUUCGAUAGCGGUGCAAUCAACGCUGAAAUUUAUGGAACCAUUAGCAUGGAAUGAUAAGGGGAAUUAUUCGUGCUUGGCCGAUAAUUUCAAUGAUUUGGAUAGCAACAAAAAGAUUGAUUCCGAUAUGAAACAAAAACGCAAUUAUUUGAUAUCUUCUUCAUCGAUUUUAAUCAAUAUCGUUCAUAAGCCAGUGAUACUCAGCGAAAGAUAUCCAGAUGACGGUCUGGCUGCUGCUGAUCUUAGUACAACUGCGCAUAUUCGCUGUGUGGCUUCAGCUCGUCCUGCACCGCGUUUCGUUUGGAUUCUUGGUAGUGCUGGUUUGAGUGGCAGAAAUUCGACGGCGAUGACGACCACGAGAGAAAUAGUUGAUGAGAAACGAUAUUCGAUACAAAGUAGACAAUUAGCGAAUCGUAUUGAUGAGUACGAAUCCGUAUUGUCGAUCACCGACGUCACGGAAAGCGAUCACUCAGCGUCAUAUAUGUGUCGAGUUGCAAAUGGCAUUUCUUCUGUUGCUGAUAAUGAUAGCAGUUCGGCUAAAGGUAGCACUGGUGAAAUGUCGUCCGAUGAUACGACAACAGCGAUCAUUUUCAAGCUUCAGUCGAAAUCAAAACCUCAAACCCCGCGAGAUAUUCGUUUGGUCGCGUUUUCAUCCACUUGGUUGCUGAUCGGUUGGCGACCGGGCUUUGAUGGUGGCGUCGAGCAGAGAUUUGAACUAGAAUAUCGAAAAGUUAAUCCAUGGAAGGGUAGUCCAGAUGGCAGUGAGCCGGUCAGCGCUUUUGUGACGACACGAAACGCCACAACACAAACACUUUAUUGGCAGGAUAUUAGCAGUGAUAGCCAUAGAAAUGCUAAUGAAAUACGUUCACCUGAAAGUGCAUUACAGUCAAACGAUCGCCUAUAUUCUCGUCAACGACGAUCGAUGAAAUCAGCCGAAUUUAUUGUUUACAAUAUGGCUGAUUUAAUGCCAAAAAGCGGUUAUUGGUUCCGAUUGCGCGCUUGGAAUGGUUUCGGUUCAAGUGAUUGGACGCCAAUCAGUACGGCCACUACUGCAGAUGCUACCGAAAGUGAAUUGUUGCCGAAACCAAUGUUGCUCGAUUACGACACAGAUGAAGGCACGAUUCAUUUCCAGUCAGUACGCAAUAUAACACCAUCUGACGAACGAAAACAGCAAAGCUUAUGUCUGAUGCUGUUUGUGAGUAGUCAACGAAAUUUGGCGCAAAACAGCGUUUCGGAUUUGUGGAUGAGCAGAAACGGAGUAGUGAAUGCGCAUGAUGAAUCGCAUCGUCGUUCCGGGAGCGGAAUGACUGAUGAUCGGUCAUGGCGAGCAGUUGACUGUUAUCCGAUCGAAUCGUCGGCUUCUUCGAUCACAUCAGCGAUUAAGAACAUCGAGCCAGCUGAACGAUUCGCAGCUCGACUUUGUUACCAAAACGAUGUUUCGUUAUGUUCACACAGCUCAAAUGUUUUAGUGCAAGCCGCAUCGUCUUUAUUGGGCGGUUCGAGUGCAGCGCUCUGGAAAUAUGCGAUACCAGUGGGUGUAUGUGUGCUGAUUGUGUUGCUAUGUAUUUUGCUGUUGGUGAUCUUAUGUUGUCGAUCGAGGCAACGAAGAUUUAGUGGUAAACAUGAAGAACCGACAAAGAAAUCAUCAUCCCAAAAAACGACUGCAACAACGGCAACUUAUCUGUCAUCAAGCGAUGAAAGGCGAACCGUAGCAAAUGGUUGUUGUGCUACUGGUGGAAAAUUACCAGAAUCGGAAACCAAAAAUACGAUUGUGCAUGGUUCACAAACAGAUAGUGGUAUAUUCACACUUGGUUCUUUACCAGCGACCGGUAAUAAUGCUAGCAACAACAAUAAUAAUCAGAGCAUGAUUAAUAAUAGCGUGAGCAAUUAUUCGAAUAUUAAUCAUCAGCAACAAGCAUCGCAACGAAUUAAUUCAACAUCGCCCAACGAUGAAACUAAUAGUGUUACUAAAAAAAGUACAAAUGCAACUACGAAUUCGAAUGAUGCAAUUUGUGUUGCGCUUAUCAAUCAACAGCACAGUUUCAAUAAUCCAUUUUAUAAUCAACAGCAUCAGCAACGAUAUAAUACGAUAAGUCCUGAAGGUGAUGGUGCUGGCCACGUAGAUGGCCCGGGUUGUGCAGUGGAUAAUUGGUGCACGACGACAGACGAUAUGAUGUAUGAUGCGUACGUGAAUGGCGAUGGUUAUGUGUGUGAUGGCAAUUACGCUAGUGAUAUUCAUCAUCAACAGUUUAUGGCUCCAUUUUAUGAUGGUUUCAGUUUUAAUCAUCAUGCAGCCGUUCGUCCUGCAAAUGGCGGAGUGAUGAUGCUAGAUGGCCGUAGUCAAAUGUUGAUUUCGCCACAGCAAUUACCGCUUCAGUUCCAGACUCAGCCCCAAAUACACACCUCCUCGUCGUUAUCAGCCGCAACUGCAACUACAACAGCAUCAACAACGUUGUUGAUUGAUCAGGCUGAGGCCAGCAAUGGUAUGAUGAUGAUACGACCAGAGUCUGACGAGAACAUUGACGAUGCGGAUGAUAAUAGUAUUAUCAAUGCGACUUUGAAUGAUAACGACUUAUCAUUAUCAUUUGCUAAUGCCAACAACAACCGAUCCAGACGUGUCAUGCGUGAAAUUAUUGUUUGA